AUGGACCGGAACAAUGGUGGAGGUAAAGAUAUACGCAAUGAUGUUGAUGAUGGACUCUAUCGAGCAGCGCGUUUUUUCUUUGUUGAAGAUAACGUAGAUGAUGUGGAGUUUGGCUCAAAUCCCCUCGGCUUACCGGCGGCAUCUUCCCCAAGAAACAACACGAAUUCCUUAGCCACUGUCUCUCUACACUCCAUGAUACCAGAUGAUGAUUCCGAAACUGAAAGCAGUAGUAGUAGUAGUAGUUGUUUUAGUAGUAGUAGUAGUAGUAGUAGUAGUAGUAUUGAUGAUAAUGAUAGUGGUAUUGUUGUUAUUAAUGCUUCUCGUGGGAAUGAUAAUAUGAGUGGUAAUAAUGUUAAUGUUCCCAGUAAAGUAGAGCCACAUGGAAAUGAGGGAAAGAAUAUUCUCUUCUCGAGUCGUGAGAGUGGUGAUAAGGCAAUUAAUAAGGAUAUGGAGAAAAACAAGAAGACUGUUGUGGUAGAGAAACCAAUAAAUGUAGUGAGAGUACCCACAAAAGAAACAACAACAACAGCAGCAGUAGAGAAAGAGAAAGAGAAGGAUAGUGAAGGGGAUGAAUGUACAUUUACUUCACCAGUAAAGGAGGGGACUUCUUCAGAUAACAGUAAACCAAAAAUAUGGAAUACUUCUCGUAUAUUUCUUCGUAUUUUAACAUUUUGCAAUUGUUCGGAUCUUUGUAGUGUUAUGCUCGUAUGUAAACGAUUUCAUCACCUAGCUACACGUGAUACAUUGUGGAAAGGUAUUCUCAAUCGCAUGAAUUUACAACCACUUCUUAGUAUGCCUGAAUCUCCCACACAAGACUAUUAUCAAUACUUUAUUCAUCAAAUUAUUACCACUAAAGCCAUUCAUGGGCAUUAUUUUUUUAUGGCAGCCACCCCACCAGAAGGUACAUUUGGUAUUGGUGGUUUUAAUCAAAUUGUACAUGGAAAUGGUAAAUGGGAUAGUGAUGAUGACUACGAUGAUGAUGAUGAUGGAAGAGGCGGUUCUGUCUUUUCCGCCUGUUCACCCACCGCAGAUGACGACUCUAUCUACACAGUUGAAUCCAUUACCCUUAGACUCUCCUCUGCCUUGCUUGGUCAAAUAAAUCACAGUAUUGGUCGUGUACAGAUGCUUAUUGGGUAUAAGGAUAAAGUAUCUGAGAUCAUUCAAGGUGCAGCGCGAUUCUCUUGGCGUCGUGGAUGUUUUGUUUUCUGUUGUUCCUCCUUUGGAUCAACUCUCGCUGGUCCUAUCUUUACAGUGGCUAUCAAUACAGUGCAGAAGCCAUGGCCAAAUCAAUCGAAGGAGCAGUUCAGUUCUCAUAAAGGAGGUCUGCGGUUUAUUAUGACUCCGGUGUUGCCAGAAGGGGCUGGUCCGGAAUCGCGUAUUAAUGAGACGGAUAUUUUAAGUGUGAGUCGUGCCCUAAUAAAUCACAAUUCACAAGAACACGAAGUAGCGCAGACAUAA